GGCUGCCAGCUGUUACCAUAUCACUCUUUCUCCCUCCUCUCUUCACCUCUCUUUCUCUCUCUUCAUCUUUUUCUGCUCACUGUUAUUCUCCGAUUAGGGUUUCCAUUUUCCGAUCCAUUCUUCACAACUACCACCGUAACUCCUUUCUCUUUCACUCUCUCUCCUCUUACUCGAUAUUAAGCUUGGAGUUGGAGGUAAUAGUUUGCAUCAUCUCUAUGUGCGGCCGUUUGGCUUUUCACGAGCAUCAAUUUGGUUCUCUUGUGUAAAAACUCAAUGUCACCAAAGGGCUAGAAAGUUAUGGGCCGUUAUCAGGAUGCUAAUUAUUAUAGAGGUUCUUUGUGCUAUCGGUUAAUUUUAUUUGUCAUCUGGCUUCCUAAUUUCCUAGAUGUGACAGCACAAGAAGUACAUGCUGACCAUAAGCGAACUACUUCUCUGGGAGUCUUAGCUAGUGAACCUACUUCUGGAGACACUGGACUCUUUGAACCUAUAGAAAUAUCACCUGCUGUCAUACCUAAAGUUCCAUUUCCCACCGAGUCUGGCCCACCAAUGUAUCCUAUUCCUAGUUUCCCUUCCAGAUAUGAACCAGUUUUAACUGGUAAAUGCCCUGUAAACUUUUCACUACCAGAAAUAUCAGAAAUCCUCGAUAGAACAGCAUUUGAUUGUGCUGUACCUUUGGCAUCCCUUGUAGGGAAUGUAAUAUGUUGUCCACAGUUUAGUAGCUUAAUCCACAUCGUCCAGGGUUUGUUUGGCAGGAAAUCUAAUAAUCUGGUUUUGCCAAAUACAGUUGCCGAUCAUUGUUUUUCCGAUGUUAUUAGUAUUCUAGCCAGCAGGGGGGCAAAUAGUUCACUCUCCACACUUUGUUCCAUUAAAUCAUCUAACUUUACAGGCAGGUCAUGCCCUGUGAAGGAUCAUGCUACUUUUGAAAGAACGGUUAACACAAGCAAAUUAGUUGAGGCCUGCAGAACUGUUGAUCCACUAAAAGAGUGCUGCAGACCUGUUUGUCAGCCUGCAAUUAUGGAUGCCACACUUCAGAUUUCUGGCAGACAAAUGAUGAUCAAUAAUGAUGACCAUAUGGCUGGGGAAAUGAAUCACACUGAUUAUCUAAAUGAUUGUAAAGGCGUAGUUUAUUCAUAUCUCUCCAAACAACUAUCAAUUGAGGCCGCAAAUAAAGCAUUCCGGAUACUAUCUGCCUGCAAAGUCAACAAAGUUUGUCCUUUGACUUUUACGGAGCCUUCAGAUGUAAUUGCUGUAUGUCAGAAUGUAGCUGCCCCUAGUCCUUCCUGCUGCAGUUCAUUAAACACAUAUAUUGCAGGGAUACAAAAACAAAUGUUAGUUACCAAUAAACAAGCUAUAAUAUGUGCAACACAAUUUGGAUCUAUGUUACGCGGAGGUGGGGUGAUGACAAAUGUCUUUGAGCUUUGUGAUGUUGAUUUGAAAGAUUUCAGCAUACAAGCAUACAGACAAGAUGUAGGAUGUCUACUUCGAAGCUUGCCUGGAGAUGUGAUAUUUGACAAUUCAACAGGCGUUAGUUUUACAUGUGAUUUAAAUGACAAUAUUCCUGCACCCUGGCCCUCAUCAUCUUCAUUUACAUCUCUAUCACUCUGUGCACCUGAGAUGUCAUUACCAGCAUUACCAAUUUCACAGUCAUUGAAAAACAUUGGUUGUAAUUCUGCUGGAGUGGGAUUGCUUGCAAUUAUAUUUUCAUUUUUCAUCAGUACGGUUGUACUGAGAUUUUAGGAUUUUGAAGUGUGCCAGGAAGGCAUUUCAAAGUGCCAAUGGUGUGGGUUUUGCAUGUAUAUUUUUUAACGGCCUCAUUGUAUAGCAGCAUCCUUUGCCCCCCUUUCCGCGUGUCCUUUGCUUGUAUGAUCAUGCCUGAGUUAGUGCUUAUUUUAUUUAGGAUCCAUAUGUGCUGUGAAGGGUUCAAUUGUUUUCGUGAUGAAAUGCAGCCAAGCAAGUAUCAAAAUUAGCACACCGAACUUCUGCUUCCAAUACACAAUACCAUUAUCAAGGUUCGGUAAGCCAAGAUGAGACGUUGAUUCGAGUGGUAAAGCUUGAUUUUUCAAAAUGGAAAAGACUGUCUAAUCAAUUAAACAAAAUUUGGCAAUUAAAGGGUUUUAUUGGUAGAGACAAUCUGGUGCCUCUAAGAAAUUCAUCUAAAGUAUAAGAGUAAUUUGUGAACCACAAGUCUUGUAUAAUAGUCCGAGUGGACUUCUGUAAAUAAACAUCAAAAUGCAAAGAAAUUGUGUUUACCCAUAGUUUAGGAUGGAAAUAUUUGGAUGAGGAUUUUGAAAGGGAAAGUGUUUGAAGGAAAAUUAAUAUUUUGA